GUGUCUGAUGAGUUAAACGUGUAGUGGCUUUGCGUAACCGUCGUCUGCCUAAUCUAAAUGGUUUUAUGACACCACAGUGAAUGUCAACAUGCAUGUCGUUUUAUUGUCACGCUGGGAAAAGUUGCUUAUGAAAUUACCCAAGUCAAAACUCUUAAACGCAAAGGCUUUCAUGUGUAUGAACUCCCACGUGAGGCACUUCAGCGCGCCCCCUCCUGCCAGGUCACGGAGGCGUGUGGUAAUCACGGGGAUAGGACUCGUCUGUCCCCUUGGGUCCGGGACCACUAUACCCUGGGAGCGCUUGAUCCGUAGCGAGAGUGGAAUAAUCAGUCUGGACCCAGAGGAAUACAGGACUGUUCCCUGCAAAGUGGCAGCGUGUGUUCCUAGAGGGGACGGCGAUGGGGAGUUCAAGGAGGAGAGGUUUGCCUCACGGGUGGAAAUCGGCAGCAUGUCCCCGGCCAGUGUGAUGGCACUGGCUGCGGCAGAUCUGGCACUGAAGGACUCGGGGUGGUACCCCACCAGCCCUGAGGAGCAGCUGUCCACGGGGGUGGCUGUCGGGAUGGGCAUGGUACCCCUGGAUGAAAUCUCUCGCACCGCCAGCUUGUUUCAAUCUAAAGGUUACAACAAGGUCAGUCCUUUCUUCGUGCCCCGGAUCCUGCUCAACAUGGCCGCCGGGCACAUCAGCAUCAGGCACCGUCUGAAAGGCCCCAACCACGCCGUGUCCACAGCUUGCACCACGGGGGCACAUGCCGUCGGCGACGCCGCCAGGUUCAUCACUCAUGGAGACGCGCAAGCCAUGGUAGCCGGGGGCACAGAGGCCAGCGUUUGCCCGUUAGCCAUCGCGGGCUUUGCGCGGGCACGUGCCCUGAGCACCAGCUGGAACUCCGAGCCCAGGCUGUCCUCGCGGCCCUUUCACCCGGAGCGGGAGGGCUUCGUCAUGGGAGAAGGGGCUGCCUUGAUGGUGCUGGAGGAACAUGGGCAAGCAGUGGCCAGGGGGGCCAGGAUAUACGCUGAGGUGCUCGGCUAUGGGCUCUCAGGGGACGCCAGCCACAUAACCUCCCCCACUGCUGAUGGGGACGGGGCGUUCAGGUGCAUGUCUGCAGCUCUCCACGAUGCUGGGGUGAACCCAGAGGAAGUGUCUUAUGUGAACGCGCAUGCGACCUCCACACCACUAGGGGAUGCUGCUGAGAAUGCAGCCAUCAAAAGGCUCUUCGGGCAGCACGCUUACUGCAUGGCUGUGUCCUCCACCAAGGGGGCCACAGGCCACCUGCUGGGGGCAGCCGGCGCCUUGGAGGCGGCUUUCACCGCCUUGACGUGCUACCAUGCUACCCUGCCCCCCACGCUAAACUUGGACCGGACCGACCCGGAGUUUGACCUGAACUAUGUGCCCUGCACUGCCCAGCCGUGGAGGACAGAGGGCCGUCGGGUCGCCCUCACUAAUUCCUUUGGCUUUGGUGGUACCAAUGCAUCCCUGUGUCUCGCCAGCAUUUAAGGGGCCGCUUCCAGGAUCCGUCAUUUUUGUGUCCAGGGAUUUAGUUGCUGCGUAAUAAACUGCUCUUUCAUUUAUAAAUCCUCUUGAAUGCUGCGCUUUGCCAGGAGUGAGUUUGAAGCUAAAUCAAUUCACAAUUAGCAGGAAUAUUGAGUAAAACCAGGACAGUCUGCACCCUUGGCAGUAGAUGGCAGCAAUUUGCUAGAUGAAGCAGCAACUUCCAGUAGACAUUUACUUUAUUGUCCCUCUAAUACCAAAAAACAUGUGAACAAUGGUGCAGCACACUUGAAAUUGACUAAUAAACCGAGAUGAACUCU